GCCUCGAAAGUCUGCAGACGGUGCAGUUUCGGUUCGCGUCACUGAAUCCCUGUGAUCAUUUGUGUGUGUAUGUGUGUAUGUGUUUCACGUUUUUUUGUUCAAUGGUAUUUUGUACCCGGGACACGGGAGAAGCCCGCAACGACGACAAAUAGUGCGCGGUGGGGGUGUGGGACUGUAGCAGCAGCAGAGCCAACUUCCCAAUAUUUUAAGACGAGUGAAACGAAGGAAAACAGAUGAGUGAUGUGCUGACGAGUAUACCCCUUAGGGGGGAUGAGCAUCUACCUGGGGAGCCCUUUCUUUUCCUUUCAUCUCGUCGGCUGGCCCCCCGUCUGCGCCCCACAGACACACCGACGUUGAGCUCGCCCGGAGCUUUCACACGGAGCCACGUUCAGAAUUAAAAGAUUAAAUAUUAUUGACCGGCAGUCGCCCAUUAUUGCCCUUGUGUGUUUGCGUGCGUCUGUGUGCGUCGUUUAUGCGUGUUAGUGCGAUGUGGCUGUCGGUGUAGAGUGCGCGGUUCUCAUCAGUGUCUCUGUGUGCACAAAGUGUACGUAUCCGUCCCGUCCGUUCUGUGCACGUCCGGCAGCGUAGAGCCGAUCCGAUUAGAAACUUCAAUCAACCGAUCAGCCUUUGGUUCGUGAAGCCAUGCAGCUGGCAAUCCGGAGUGGGGGGUGGGCCCACAGCAGCAGACAGCAGCGAGCAUAAUAGCUGCCCCUAGAGUGGCGAGAUGUGGCGACCGGUAGUGUGCGGGUUUAAGGGACACGAUAAGGCAAAGGAGCCCGUGUAAAGGACGGCCACUUGGAAGGAUCUAACAGCCUGUGACAACCAUCCAACCACAGCCAGUCAGCGUUUUUCAGCAAUUGAACUAUUGCCCUGCCUUGCCCUCUAGCUGCUCUGGUGUGGUGUAUUACGGUUUGCUGAGCUGACGCUCGGUAGCCAGUCGCCCCGGGUGACAUGUCCGACAGCGACCUAGAUCGGACGCUUGUGCACCCGGAUCAGGCGCAAACUGCUGCCGUUCAUCGCGGCCUGGCCAUCCCGAUUGAGCCGACGACGGUGCCAACUGGGCUCAAUCGACAACACGCCGUUACCUGCCAUCAGCAAAAGCACCUCGCGAACCCACCAAUAUCUACUGACAGCUCGUCGGAUCCGCCAACUCCGGCUCAGCAACAGCAACAGCAGCAGCAGGUGCCCAACCAACGGUAUCCGCACUAUUUUGCGCUGACCAGCGGCGAUGAUCCAGUGGGCUCAGACGAGGCGCCUGCGGUCUGCCUCCUGCUGUCCGACGAGCAACAGGGAUGCGGUGUUUCGCAGCUGCAGCGACCUCCAGUUGCCUUCGCACACCCCCCUCCCGUACCACACUCCACAAUCAGCCGGGACAAUCAGCCAAAGCGCAUCAGUACAUCGCUGCCGCUCUACUAUGCCAAGAGUGACCUGUGCACCCUUGGUUCGCGACCUGGUAUGGAGUAUGUGCCAUUGAGGACGCCAGCUACCGAGCCGUAUCACUAUCAUCACGUCACCGACCAAACCAAGUCACUACAGGAAUUGCAGAAUGAAGUCGGCGCUCUGCUGGAGUUCCGCGAUCUGGUUAUCGAAACCUUUCCCGACCUUAAAUCGAAGAUGGUCUCGUCAACGACGAACAGCACCCUCACCGGCCUACCCUCAUCCUCGUCCCUAGCGGCUCGACGCGAGUGGGAGCCUGGCAUCCGGAUACGGCGGAAGCUGACGCAGAAGGAUGGUGUCGGUGGUGGUGGUGGUAGUGGUAGUGCGCUCAGUAGUGGCUGCAGCAUCUCGGGCCUUGCUAGUGGCGGUGGGCUAAGCAAUGUAGCCGGCACGAUCACCGCGGCGAACAGCAGCAGCAGCAGCGGUAGCAGCACCACCAUCAUCCCUGGCAGCGGGGGUGGUGGUGGGACUACCGUGACCCACGCAGGGCACCAGGAAGCCCUCCUUCCGGUCUCCUCGGUUGUCACUGGCGCUGGCGGUAGCAGCAGCAGCAGCAGCAGCAGCAGCAACAAGAACAACAACAACAACAACAACACCUCUUCCUCCUGCUCAUCUGAUCUGAACCAUCAGCACCAGCAACAUUUACAUCAGCACCAUCCAUUACAUCAACAUCACCACCACUACCAUCAUCUUUCGCAUAGCGGUGGCGUUGGCGGGGCUGGUGGAGUCGCUGGUGUUAGUAACAGUGGCGGCAGUAACAGCAACAACAGUAGCAGUGGUCAUCACCAUCAUGCGCAGCAUCAACAACCGGCGCACCCGGUGCAACAACAUUCGUCAUCAUCGCUGAUACGCAGCCGAAGCAAUUCCCAUAGCGGUAAGAAGGAACCAAAGAGCGGCGAAGGCAACAACGGUAGUGUGAUACAGGACUCGGGCUUCUCCACCGAAACGUCCUCGUCGAAGGAGACGCACAGUGCGGCGUCCUCAACAAGUGGUGCUGUGGUGCAGGGAACUAGCUCGUCGACCAGUACCAACCGGUUGGCGACGGGACAGGAGGACGAACUGUGGAAUUUACUCGAUGUGAUACAUAGAAAAAGUAACCGGCUGCGCGAGGAGCUGGAUACGCAGCGGGGCGGGAAGCUUAGGGGAUCCAAUUUAACUUUUAGCAAUCAAUCGGGGUUGGCGACGACUGUUCCAGCAUUGGCAACUGACAACAGCGGUAAUGGUGGUACAUCGUCUUCCGCGGCAUCGAAUUCGCCUGCCCUGGAAACGGUUGCGAUACCGGUGCAGACACAAUCGCACAGCGGCAGCAAUAUCGUCAUCCAUCAUAGCAAUCCUGCUGGAGUGGUCGCUAUGGCCGAGGCGGCCAGUGCGACCAAUGUGGCCGUGUUGUCUACCGGCAGCGCUGCCGAUGGUCAGUACGGGAAAGCGCUAGCGGAGAGCAGCCAGGCGGUGGCGAUGGCGGCGGCCAAGGAUCACAUUGUACAAAUUUUGCGCCAGGAGCGCGACCGAUUGCUGGACAAGCUGUCCAGUUACAAGGCGGAAACGGUAGCCGGCCGCAUCUGUGCAGCAAAGAUGCAGGACGAGGUCGAAACGCUAACGCUGACGGUGCGCAAGCUGCACGAACAGCUGCAAGCGGCCCAAAACCAGCGGCUAGAGUUAAACACGAAACUCCAUGAUCUCCAUCAGCAACCUGUAAAUAAAAGUGCUUCUAGUUCAUCCGAUACAGCAGUACAGCAGGGAAGCAGCUCAGGUACGGCCCAGCAAACGUUAUUUGCUAAAGCGCCCCGCUACCAUGCAACCGUGCUGGGUCCAGCAGAGAACAGUAGCAGCGGCAACGUUAGCGCCAGCACCGUGGCCAUAUCCGCCGCGACAACUAGCUCGAAUGAUACGACGCUUGCCGUUGUCGGCCACGGUGCCGCUGGGCGUUCCUUUGAUGCCACUGUGCUCGGGCGACUGGAUGGUCUGCUCGGUACAUCCUCCACCAAUCGUCUGCAGAAGGUUCGAGCACUCGAUUCUCAGAAAAUUGCCGCCAUUCUCCUCGAGACGAACAUUGUCGAGCUACAGCGCCAUCUGUUAACGAUCACCGUACAAAAUCAGGUUCUUCAGCAGCGGUUAGAACAGGCAACCCGAUCUAAGAUUUUUCUCAGCGAAAAGUUGGAAAAAUCGAAAGAAGAUGUCGAUGAUUUGCGGUUUCAGCUCAAGGAAAAAACGAUAGAGCUAGAGGGUACGAGAGCACAGCUGAGGGUGAUCGAGUCAAAGGCAUCGAGCAAAUCAUCUCCAGUAUCAGCGACUAGCAGCCCGGAACACCAUCAUCAACGGCUGAUGCGGAUGGCUUCACCGACAUUGAUGCUUCAACAGCAACAACAACAACAACAACAACAACAACAGCAGCAGCAGCAGCAGCAGCAGCAACAACAGCAGCACCAACUUCACCAGCACCAGCAGCAAACGUCAACGCUGAUGCACCUUUCCCAUUACUCGCCGACCAAUGCGCCCUGUCAACUGGUGAUGCGUUUGGCAUCCUCGCAGGUUUCGACACCGUCCAUGAAGGCAAUGACACCGGUCGCGAUGGAUGAUAUUGCACAGCAACAGCAACACAGUAGCAGCACCGAAUCAGCACAGGAUCAGGCGGAACGGGAUAGCACCAGCAGUGGUACUGGAGGGCGGAUGCAACCGCAGCAGCAUCACCAUCAUCAUAAUCAUCAGCACCACCACCAACAACAACAGCUACAAUGUCCAGAAACACCACGGAGGCGUCCGUCCAAGAUUCCGUUACCGGGUAUGAAAGGUUCGGUGGCACCAAAACCGCCGAGCGGUCGUAACUUUGCUGCCGCCGGUCCAAUCACGCCAACGACACCCACCAGUGUUUCGACAUCGGCUAGCCACCGUCCGCUAGCGUUAUCAUCGGGACCACCGUCCAAUCGUAGCCUGGCAAAGAGCACCGGCAGCCUGUACAUUAAAUCGAGCGAGGGUGGCCCAUUUGGGGCAACAACACAGCAGCAGCAGCAACAGCAGCAACAGCAACAGCAGCAGAUGAUCAAUAAACCCCGCGACAGUAAUAGCAGUGGCAGCAGCGGGAGUCUCUAUAGGCCGGAUUCAGCGCAAAGCUGGCGCACGAUCAAGGAUACGCCUUCGCUGGAGAAAUCACGCUCUUCCUCGAUACCGAUAUCGUCGGCCAAAGGAGGACAGCAAUCACCAGCUACAACAUCGCAUGCAGCCAUACCCUUGCCCCGGACGCCUACGGCAGCCUCACCCUCAAUGAUACCGUCGGGGCCGGUUGGGGGCGGUGGUGGUUUUGGAAUCGGAUCAACGAUUAGUUCUUCUCCACAGCCACGCAGUAAGCGUGAUUCUCUCACAACGAAAGUAAAGAACUGUGACUCGCUGUCCCGGCUUCAGUCGGCGCAGAUAGCCGGCAGUGUUAUCAAAACAACGGGGUCCAAGAAUAGUGCCACCGCUACUGGAACGGCAGCCGGGUCCGGUUAUCAGGCGCCGCCACCACCGGUGCGCGAGCGGAAGCAGAGUGCCGGAGGAGGCCUCAGGCACAUCUCCAGCUCCUCAAUCGGUUCAGCAACUGACGGUGGUUCAGCUAUAGGCAGUGGACACGGUAACGCUAGUGCCUCCACACCCACCACUACUACAACCACCAUCGCUGCCGCCACCUCAAGUUCUACCUCGACUAGCGACACCAUAAAGAUGGCGCAGCAGCCCCACCGUAGCAACACAUUCAAGUUAGCGAAACCAACGCUCGUCCCAUCGGUAUUCGGCGAAUCGUCAGAGUGUCGCUACGUGCUACCAGAGAUCGGCGGUUUGUCGGAUGGACCACAAUGGAGCGAUUCCAUGCGACUCUCUGCAACACCAGUCGUCAUCCCAUCCACUACACCUACGACGAUCGAAGCGAAGAAGGAACACUACGGAGGAGAAGAAGAAACGUCACGUGAAAACCGACUGAGGGUAUCGAUUUCCGGUUGCUCCAGCUCACCGGCUGCUCGCGGCCUGAUCGAAGAAUAUCUGGCGGCCAAAACGCGUGCGGCCAACUGUCAACAGCCAUUGUCACCUGUGGUUCCACUACCCCCUCCGCCUAUUUUUCACGUGAUUCGUGCCAGCACAACGCCGAUCAGCGGGGUGCGGGGAGUUACGGUAUCGCCUCAGCUAGUCCAACGACGCCGUACGCCGCUCGAUGAGCUCGCAUAUAAACAUCCGAUCUUGCUUCUGGACGACGAUGACAACGAGCCAGAGGACGAGGAACUGGGACAGGAAGACGAGAACAAGGAAAACUGUGAUGCUGUAGGUAUGCCGCAAAAGGAAGAGCAAAAAGAAGAGCAAAACGGAGAAGCAGGGAAACAAAGUAAUGUCUCCGUUUACCGGUACAAUGAUAGGCAGCAAAGUGGCGGUGUAGCUGAGGUUGUAGAACGUUUGCUAGAUGAUGAUCAUGAUGUUGAAGAAACGAAUCCGGUUCAAGAAUCACUCAUCGUUCCACGGCCCAAGGUAAUCGCUUUUCAUUCGCUAAAGUCGCUCAGUGAUGAUCAAACCGAGAGGCCUUCCGCCUUGUUAAACGGUGAUCAGCAUCCACAACAACAGAUACUGCAUCAUUCAAAUACUGAGCAACGUGUUCCGCCAAUGUGUCGUUUGGUGCGUAAGGUGAACCAGAAUAUACUGAAAACCUGGGAACAGUUGAGCGGGCGAGCAAACAGUAGCAGUGACGGUAGUAUAGACAAGAGCAGCCAACAACAGUCAACGGUUAUGACUAGCGAUAGUAAGCGACUACGGAACAGUGGUGAGCUUUUUCCGCCGACCUCAACGAGAAAGCAAUGCUUCUUUGGACAAGAAUUCGCGUUGUUUAGCAAAACUGGUCAAACCGCUGCUAGCUAUAGCAGUAGUACGGGUAAUCUACUAAGCGAUGGGCAUGGAUCGGAGUGUGGCAGUACGGAUCGACAGAGCUGUUUGCUUUAUUGCCCACAACAGCAGCAGUACAAUCUGAGUGAGGAGGUAAUUGAGUUCAAGGUGAAUAGGCUGCUGCACCCCGCUGCAUCCAUAUCCGCGUCUUCGGUAGUGGACGAGCUGGAAAAGUCGUCGGUGAACUUGUCUAGCUGUGCUACCUCUUCCACCACCGCUAGGUCCGAGGCAAGAAUACACACCAUCGCGCCAUCAAUGUCACGGCAAAGGCAGACAAAGGGUUCCAGGGAGCGGAAUGAACUCGACGGUGGUACCUCUAGCAUUACCACUGUCGGCACCACUAACUCCACCACUGCUACUAGCUCUUCCGAGGGAGCAGACUUCUAUGAUAGCAUUGAUGCAGUGAGCAGCAGCAUUCGGGAGCAUCCAGGCGACCGCGUUAGAGUUGCAUCGAUUUGUUAUGGGCGUUCCGAAAGUGCCGUGCCGUGGAAAGCCCGUGAAGAUCGAUUCUCGCACGAUGUUUCUGAAGUUGGUGCUGGUGCUGGCGAAAAUCUAACAUCCCUAGAUCGUAAACGACUGCUCUGGUCGAUCGAAAUAGAGUAGGAAAGCGUUCGGGCACCACCAUCCGCAAGCAUAGACUUACGUGUGGAUGUAGCGAAUCAAGGCAACGACUUUACUAUACAGAUAUUCCACUUUUUCCCAUUCUGCCCCGGAUAAAAAUGUUUCAGUAUUUAUUUCUUAAGAACCAGGUUCUCUUUGCCGGGGUAAGAGCCCCGGGCGCACUCAUGCGACCAAUACGAGUAACAGAUGUCCUCGAAAGAUGCAUUCCUUUAUCUUAGCUUUUACAUACGCACACACACAAACAUACUGUUUGCGCGAACACUGUUCUCUAACACUAAAAAAGGCGAUGAUUUAGCAAGACUCCAAACAUCAGUGAGAUUUCUUUGACAAUUUGAAGCUAAUAGUUGGCGUAGGUUUUACUGAGAAUAUAGCAGAGCUGUCACUGCUGCUGGUAGAUUGUGAUAAGCUUGGUGUGAGAUAAUAUGCAAGAGAUAUUGAAGCCUGAUGGUUCAGCGUGUACCACUUUCAUGUAGCGCAUUGCAUAUUUGGCAAACAAACAUACAGGUACAUAAAGAAAGAUUCAUCCAAUCUAGUCAAUAGAGACGAGAAAGACAGAAACGCACUAGAAAUGUCUAGAACUCAGGAGCUCGACGAAUAUCUUCAUUGCUUGAAGUAGCGCUAAAUUAAUAUCUUUUCGCUUCAGCGCAUCCUACUGAAUUAUUCAAUGCUGCUCUCAAAGUAAAUGAAAAGUAUGAUUUAUUUAAUAUACCUGGAACAACACAAAACAGCAAAAAUAAUGCCAAACAUGGCAUGUGUAUGGAAUUCGCACUAUACUUGCAACAAUGGUGCGGGUUGAUUUGCUUUUAUGAGCAUCCUUUUAUGGUUUGUCGUUGUCGAAAGCUAAAAUUCUGUGGUUAGUUACGACAUGUUCUAUGGUAUUUUUAUAUGUGUCACUUUAUGGGUCACAAUGUUCUCUUUGUCAGACAGCAACAGAGUAGACCGAGCCAAAGUGUUGAAAAGUUGGUGGAUGGAAAUUAAACUUAAAUCAUUCUGUUACGUGGUAGUAAGAUAGGCAAGGAUCGGACAAGGUAUAGCUUAUGAUAUUGCAAGCGAAGCAAACUAAACUGAAAACAAUGAGAAUAAUAGAAUGAAGGUGAUGGAUGCAAGGAUAAAUCACGAAAAACGCGCUUUCGAUGAAAAGAAUAAAAGGGUCCAUGCAGGAACAGAUUUGGCUAGGCAAGCCUUUGAUGAGGCUAGGAGCAGAUCAUCAAGAUUCGAUUGCGUGUCUCGCUUGUUCUUGCUCCGCUGCUGUGCACUACAGCGGUGUUAGUUAUAAUAAUGAAAGGGGCCGAACAGUUUUCCAAACAAUGGCGUCGAUCCCGACACCAAAGAUCAGUGAGGUAUGUGUAGUUCGAACUGGACUGAAGUGUAUUCCGUUGUUCGCUGCACCGUUCUUUGCCUUACUUUGUUUCUCGAAAUUUUCCUUCUGGUUUCCGAUCAUGCGAUUUCUACUACUACUGGUUACUGAUUUCAUCUUCUCGAAUCACCAUGGUAGUCACGGUAUCAGUUUUUCGUUGGGUUUUGUUUUUGCAUUGUACUGUGUUAGAAUGAAAAUUCCGGCUAUUGUAUAAGAUUAGGUUAAUGAUUUGGUUUAUCGCAAUCCCUCUUUCCACGGUUCCCACCUCUUCUCUUUCUAUUCAUUUUUGGCUGUGUUGCUUUUCUUUCUGUGCGCCUUUGUUGUCCCAAACCGAUGUGUUCCGGGCCAAACAAAUACUGACUAAUCGUGGCAGCCGAAAAAGUUCAAGUAUCUCAUAUGCUUUUUUAAAUGGUUGCUUCGUUUUUCACCCUUGUGAUUUUAUCAGUUAUGGUAAAUUCGCAACUCGGGCUGUUGAUUGCGUUUUGGGUGAAUGUGACGAGACAUAUUUUCGGUUAUGGUUUGGGUUACGGGAAAUUGUUUUGCAAUUGAUGCAUCAAACUGAAAGUCUAGCGUGUAGUCAGGUAAUACUUUUUCGAGAAGAUCAGAGCAUGACAAUUGCACUGAUUUAUAAGCAAGGCAAACGAAUUCAAAAGUGACCAGAUGCACGAGCGUGUGGGGUAAAAUUUCGUCUUUAAAACGAAUUGAAUCAAGUUUUCACAUAAGAUGAUGAGCACGGUCGUUGAAUCUGUUCUGCUGUUGACAAUGCUACAAUGCUACUGCUAGUGCUGUCGAACGAGCUAGAAUGGUUCUUCACUAAUUUCCCUUUUACUGUUGCUGUAAAUAGUUAGCAUUCAUAUCAUAAAGUGGAGUUGGCGCAGCAGAGGAUAAAAAACAAACAAAACAAAACACCGAAAAUGGAAGAAGUACCAGCUAUAGCAGCGAGAAGGUGCUAGUUUUAUGGGAGCUAUUUGUAUUCUGGUGAAACCAUAAACCAUACCCAAGUAGCGUCUAAAAAGCAAUCGAUGUCGAAACAAACAAUGAUCCUGAAUGCUAGAGAUGUAGGAGGAUACCUUGUAUUGUAACGACGGAACAAGGAAGCCAACAGUUUAGGGAAUACAAAAAUCUUAGGGAAACAGACAGUGGAUAAAUAUGCGGAAAACUUAAGAAGUGAAUGAGAGCAGGUAUGGAGAAGUUCCGAUUGGGAUAAGAUAAUCUUUUUUCGUGAGAGUUUAAUGCUAGAGGCUGCGGCACGAAUCAAUGAUAAAUAACCAAGAAUAUUAUUAACCUCACAGUUGGUAAUGUAACAAUUGUGGUUAUGAUUACUUACUAUUACCAUUAUUAUUACUAUUAUUAAUAUUAUUAUCAUUAUUAUCAUUAUUAUCAACAAACCGGUUAUUAGUUGCUAUGAAAAUUGUAACUUCAACAAAGCGGUGAAAAUGUGAGGUAAAAUGAAUCGAAGGGCAGCCUAAACAGGUAAAAGGAGGAAGGAAACGAAAGGUCGUGUUGAACAUUGUAGUUAUAUAUUUGAAAAUUAAACAAAGGAUUGAAAAACA